AUGAUACUGAUUACAGGAUACUGUCUUUUAGUGUAUAGCGUUAUUUUGCCAGUAUUGAUAUCGGCCUCUAAAUCAUGUGAUUUGGUUGGGUUACAACGGUUGAACAAGAAUUUAAAAGUUGGCACUGAAUCCUUGACAAAAUAUCAAUGGAUCGCUGGGCAGUUGGAACGAAAUUGCAUGGCUGCGGAACCAGGAAGUGAAGAUAUGUCAGAUGUCAUUCAACUGGCUAAUCAAAUAUACUACAAAAUUGGGCUGAUCCAAUUGUCCAGCGAUCAACAUCUAAGGGCUAUUGGUAUAUUUGAAAAAAUCAUUUCCAAUGGAACUUACAAAGAUUCUUUUGGGAAACUAGCCGAAAAGAGAUUGCAAGAGCUAUAUAUCGAUUUUGGUAUGUGGGAUAAAGUGCACCAGAAGGAUGAACAGUAUGCAAAGUAUUUGUCUUUGAAUGGAACCAUCGGAAAGAAAAUAUUAUCCAAAGAUAUUUCUGUGGAGGAGGAUAUUUCUGAGCUACUACGCAUAACACCGUACGAUGUUAACGUACUCUCCACCCACAUUGAUGUUCUUUUUCACAAAUUAGCUGAAGAGAUUGACGUUUCAUUAGCGGCAGCUAUCAUUUUGGAUUACGAAACAAUCCUCGACAAGCAUUUGGCUAGCUUAAGCCUAGAAACAAGACUUUCGAUUCAUUAUGUCAUAUCUGUUUUACAAACCUUUGUACUUAACUCAGAUGCGUCCUUUAAUCUAAGAAAGUGUCUUUCCAUUGAUAUGGACUAUGAUAAAUGUAAAAAACUAAGUCUGACUAUUUCUAAAUUAAAUAAGGUGAAUCCAACAAAAAGACAGAUCCUAGAUCCGGCAAUGUAUGCUUUCGAGAGCAAAGGAUUCGGAAAUUGGGAUAGGGCUAUAGAUUUUUAUUUGAAGGAUAAGAAGCCAUUUAUUGCGCCAGUGAAAAUUCUUAACAAGGAUAUAACCUUUAAAAACAAUUAUCUCUUUCUAGAGGAGAUUAUCAAACAAUUGAUACAAGAUGUUCAACUGUCGAGGCCUUUAGCAACAAAUCUAUUUGAGGAACCCUCAAAAACCGAUGGCUUUGACAAACCGAAAUCAUUCUAUCAUACUGAUUAUCUAGUAUAUAUUGACUCCACUCUUUGUCAGGCUUCUAGCAUGAGUCCUGAUGUCAAGAGAACUAAAUUGGCUGCACCAUUCUGUAAAAAGAGUUUAAAACAUUCACUAACACUGGAAACAUGGAAGCAUUAUCAGGAGGCCAAAUCUGAGCAAAGACGUUUACCUGAAACAAUAUUGGACGAGGUGUGGAACUCCAAUCCUCAUUUACUGAUGUACAUGAUAAACUCAAUCCUCAACAAAAGUAGGUCUAAACCUCACUCUCAGUCCAAAAAGCAAUUAUAUGACCAGAUAAACAAAUUUUUCCAAGAUAACGGGCUCCAAGAGUCAACCAAUCCAUACGUGAUAAAGAACUUCCGGUUGUUGCAAAAACAGUUACAAACUUAUAAAGAACAGAAGCAUCGGAAUUUUAAUCAGCAACAUUUCCGACAUCAACAGCAACAACAGCAACAACAACAUCAUCAAGCACCCCCACAGGGGUCUAACUACGACUCAAAAAAGGACUAUUAUAAAAUUCUUGGAGUACCACCUAGUGCUACUUCGAAAGAAAUAAGAAAAGCAUAUUUAAAUUUAACCAAAAAAUACCAUCCAGAUAAGAUAAAAGCAAACAAUAAUGACAAAAAAGAAUCAAUUCACGAAACCAUGUCACAAAUCAAUGAAGCGUACGAAACAUUAAGCGAUGACGAUAAAAGAAAGGAAUAUGAUCUCGCCAGAUCUAACCCCCGCCGCAGCACUUAUGCUCAGGGACCUAGGCCAAACAAUAUGUUCAAAAACCCAGGAAAUGGCUUCCCAUUUGGAAAUAGUUUUAAAAUGAAUUUUGGGUUCUGA